CAGUACGUUAGGCGUGUUAGUAAUGAAUGGUUUGACAACAUGAAUAAAACUCAAUGAUUUCUAUUGAAAAAAACACUAUUUUGACAUAAAACUAAUGCACUUAACAAUGUCAGAGGAAAAAGUGGAAAGCCUGCCAGAAGUUGUGCAAAAUGAAGCAAUGGAAGUUGUUAACGAUGUUAAAAAAGUAGAAACCGAGGAAAAUAAUAAAAACAAAUUAUCCACUGAGGAGAAUAAUGAAAAAACAAAUGGUCGCGUUCUCUCCGACACCGGGAAUUGUUAUUGUGGCAAGGAUCGUAAUUUGAAUAUUGCCGAAUUAUUGUGUGCAAGUUGUGCAAGAUGGUUUCACGAGUCUUGCAUUGGCUAUCAACUUGGAAAAUUGGUGCCAUUUAUGUUGAAUUACAUAUUUAUGUGUAAAAAUUGCUCACCAACUGGACUCGAGAGUUUUAAAAAAAAUUUAGCACCUUUUCCACAAAUGUGUGUAACUGCAAUUGCGAAUUUACUUCAAAUUUGCCAAAAGGAGAAUGAUCAUAGAACAUUUUUUCACAAAGACAAGGAUAUUAUUCCGUUUAUCGAAUGUCAUUGGGAAAGUAUGACAACAAUGCCUCGAAGAGUCACACAAUCUUGGCACGCAACGAUUCAUAAAGCUCUGCUAAAAGAUGUGGGGACACUUUUCACAAUGGAUGAGAACAACACUGACGGACAAUUGUUCGGUCUAAUAACACCUGAUCUUUUACUAGUAAAACCAAAUUAUGAAGCCAUGAUAAAAGGUGGUCAACUCAAAAUAACGGAAAUGGGCGUCGAGCAUGUAGUGCCACUUACCGGUGGUAUUCGUGGUCGUAAUGCGAAGCGUAAAAUUCCGGGUGAGGGAGCGGGAACAGGACCAGGAAAAAAGGGAAGAGGAUCUGAUAUGGCUGCACCAAAACUUCCGGCACAUGGUUAUCCACUCGAGCAUCCUUUCAAUAAGGAUGGCUAUAGAUACAUUUUGGCUGAGCCCGAUCCUCAUGCACCGUUCAGACAGGAAUUUGAUGAGAGCUCUGAUUGGGCGGGAAAACCGAUUCCAGGCUGGCUUUACAGAUCUUUGAGUCCGAGUGCAGUUUUACUCGCGUUACACGAUCGAGCACCUCAAUUAAGAGUUUCGGAGGAUAGACUCGCUGUCACUGGCGAUAAAGGAUAUUGCAUGGUCAGAGCUACUCAUUGUGUCAGCAGAGGAAAAUGGUAUUGGGAGGCGACUAUUGAAGAAAUGCCCGAAGGAUCAGCGAUAAGAGUAGGAUGGGGUCAGGAAUAUGCAAAUUUACAAGCACCUCUUGGUUACGAUAAAUUUGGCUACUGCUGGAGAUCGAGAAAAGGAACACGUUUUCACGAAAGUAGGGGAAAACACUACAGUUCUGGAUAUGGUGAAGGAGAUACCUUAGGUUUUUUGAUAAUCUUACCUGACACAUACGACAAAUCACACAUCCCGAAUACUUAUAAAGACAGACCACUAGUGAAAUUCAAAAGUCAUCUUUACUACGAAGAGAAGGAUCAAGUUCCCGAGGCAUUAAAGGCUCUAAAACCACUUCCGUCGAGUAAAAUUAUUUUUUAUAAAAAUGGAGUUUCUCAAGGAGAAGCUUUUCUUGAUAUUUACAAGGGAGCCUAUUUCCCGACAAUCUCAAUUCACAAGAGUGCCACAGUUUCUGUAAAUUUUGGACCUAAUUUCAAAUGCCCGCCUACUGAUUCUGCCUACAGAGGAAUGCACGAAAAAGCGGAAGAAGCAAUUGCCGAACAAUCAAUGGCAGAUAUUUUAUAUCUAACCGAAAAUGAAGGAAGAUUAAGACUGGACACUUAUACCUCUUGACAUUAGUGCAUUUUUUUUGUUCCAAUUUUUAUCAAUAUUUUUAUGACAUUUUCAUGAUUCAAUAUUAUUUUCUAUAUUGUGAAAGAAUUGUCAUGAAUUUUUUUUUUCUAGGAAGAAAUUAAAUUCUUAAUUUAGGAAUUUUGUCAUUUUCUUUUUGUUUUUCGUUUGGAUCAAUAUAAUUUAGCUUCGUAUUUUUCUAUAUAUGACUUUCAUCUCGAUGAGAUAAAAUUUUGUAAAGACUUUCUCAAUUUUUGACGAGAAUUCUUUUUACAAAUCAAUUUUUUUUUAUGAGAAUGUAAAAAGAAUGAUUUUCUCUAUAUAAAAAAAAAUAUACAGAAAGUAUAUUCAAAAUAUUGGUAAUUUUUUAUAUAUAACUUGACUGACAAUUCUACCUCGUAAAAGGUGAAUGAAAAGUCUGAUAUAUGCAAUAAAUUUAAAAUAACAAAGGGAAUGUAUAAAAAAAUUUGA